AUGUACAACCACCACCAACAACAACUUUUUGAAACUCUCCUUGGUAACAAUAAUCUAGUCACCAAUAAUGCAUCUAUUGCAUCCCCUCAGCAACAACAUCUUCCAUCCACCAUCACCAAUAACAUUCAAAACUAUUCAUCCAACCACAUUCACCCACCUUCAAAUAAUAGUACUUUUACGCAACCAAUAAUUAAUACCAACCCUAUUCAAUGUUCCACUCAAAGUGUCCACCAACCUAUUCUUGCUGGUAGUGGUGGUAUUACAACUCAUACCAAUACUCCAAGUAUCACGAAUGAAUCUCUUCUCCACCAACAAUUAUUGUACAACCAAUUGGUUUUAAUGAAUCAAGCUUUGAGUCAGAAUAUUCUAAUGAACAUGACUACACCCAAUAAUAAUAAUAAUAACAAUAUACCUAACCACCAACAAACCCUGUAUAAUCAUGGCACAAGUAUGAUACCAUCCAAUAAUUCAACUUCAAUGGUUGUAGUCAACAACUCUGUUCAACCGCCAAGUCUUCUUUCUGUACUAUCUUCAUUGACAGCCACCAAUGUAACUAAUAAUACUGCUACUCCUCCUCCUCAACAACAACAACCCAUGCCUUCAAUGAACCACAAUGGUGCUAUUAGUAGCAAUAAUUUAUUGAUGAGUAGUACUCCACAGCCCUACACGAACUCUAUCAAUAAUAGUAAUCAAACAAAUAUUCAACCAACAAGUAUGCUGAGUGAAUUAAUGUUAAUGGGGACAAGUCAAUCAUCUCAUAAUUUACAUCAAGAGAUGGAAGAUGUUGCCAAGCCAUGGCUUUUCAUGUUGGAAAACAUGCUCAAACAAAGACCAACAACUGUCCAAACCUUAUCCUCAAUGAACCAUCUCAACGUAGCAAACAAUAAUACUAGCACAGUUCAAAAUAAUAAUACCUCCACUAACUAUUCGUUUCAACAUGAUUCAUUAAUUAAUGGUAAUAGUCAUAUAUCAACAAAUGAUGCAACAUUCUCCGAUAGUCAACAACCUCAGUACAGUGGUUUUAGUAGGGAGUCUAAUUUGUCACCUUCCAUCUUUCAAGAAUUGGAUGAUAUCAUUGGAAGUAUUGAUCCAAAUGUUGAUAUUUGUGAAAAACUUUCUUUUGAUUUUAAAAAGGAAGAGAAAUCAUUCAAUGUCAUUGUAAAACCUGAAAAAGUUGAUUCAAAUACCUCCUCUCUAUCCAUCAAUAAUGAGACAAUGGAACCAUCCACACAAGUUUCUUUUACUGAGGAAAAGAAAAAGAGAAGCAAAAGAACGUGGUGGUCAAGGAAGAGGCGUUCUGAUAAUUCAAUUGUUACAAUUGUAAAGGCAGAUUUUGAUGGUAUUGCAUUAACACCUCACGAGAGAUGUUUAUGUGCCCUGUUAUCAAAGGCUGUACUUCCAAAAGAAGACUUGAAAUCUCUAAUAACUGGACCAAACUCUAUUACACUUCGUUGUAUCAUUUCCAAGUGGCUUUUUGGUAAAUUAGAUGUAUCUACUUCUUCUUCAGCUGAAGAAUCAACUGGCUCAGAUUCUCAACAAGUGGCACCUCUCAGUAUGGUUUGUGAUCCAAUGGGAUUUACAGUUAAUAAGAGUGCUAAACCAACUAGACUUUCAGUAUUUGUUAAUGAUACUUUAAAAUUGAGAAUUAGACCUUGUGCUUUUGAAAAAUCUUCACUCUUUAGUAGUGAUGCUAUUAUUGCUGACAUUUCAAUUUUCGAUCAAAACAUGAUGAAUCUCUUCAUUGGCAAUUAUUCUAUUGAAAUGAGAAGUGCUCACUAUUUAACAGGACUUGCUGGGGGAUUAUCAAAGGAAAGUGAUCUCUCUACAACAAAUAUUAUGAACACUCCAGAUAUUUGUAUGGAGCUAUUAUCAGAGAACUCAAUUAUUCAAUUCACAGAAGAUGUCUCAAAGAAUAACAACAAAUCAACAAAUAGUUCGGAUGAACCAUUUGAUGUUUGUGUCUCUGUGAGACGUGAUCAUCACUAUAAGGUCAAACUCCCUCCAAUUAAAGAAGUGAGCAUGAGUCUUGGCUUUGGAAAUACCUCUCCAAACUCUGCACUCAAUAAGAAGAUUAGUUUCAUUCAGAUAGUUGAAACUGAUUCACAAAGACCAGUUUGUAGAUCAGAACCUUUUUGGUGUAGAAGUAAGAGCAGAGCAGAAAUGGAAAAGAAACAAAAUAGAGAAGCCAUGCAACGAAAAACUGUAAAGAAAGAUGGUGAAAAGAAGAGAAAACCAAAAUCUCCAUCAGAUCAAGAAAAAAAGAGAAAACUGGAUUCAGAUGAAUAA